UGGCUGGUGGAGAAUCUGCUUGUCUCUGCUGAAUGGACCUGAGAACAAGUCCCUGAGCAACAGUGAAAAGAAACCCUUGGUGCCUUCUCCGUCAUCUCCUCCAUGUGGUGAAGUGAAAGCUGUCAUGGAGCUAGUUAAGGGUCUGGUGUCCUUUGAAGAGGUGGCUGUGUAUUUCACUGAGAAGGAGUGGACCCUUCUGAGCCCAGCCCAAAGAGCUCUCUACAAGGAAGUCAUGCUGGAGAACUUUGGGAAUGUGGCCUCUCUGGGACCUGCGAUUUCCAAACCUGACCUCAUAACCUGGCUUGAAGAAGAGGAAGAGCUUUUUCGCCAUGACCUUAAAAUGGAGGAAUUGACAGCAGGAAGUAUGUGGGAGUCAGUGAACCUAACAAAAGAGUCUCCAGCAAUUAAGAAUGAAGAUUCAUAUCUCGAAGUGAAAGAGAACGUUGGUGAAGGACUGAUGAAGGUGGAGGGAAUCCACCCUCUUAACAGGAGCAAUAAUUCCUCUGUAUACAGCAACCUGCAACCAUCACCACAGCCUUUUACCAACUGUAUAAAACUCAUUUUCAAUAGUCAGGUUCUUCCCGCGAGUGCUUUGCAUCCUAUAGCUUUACAGCCAUGUGUGCUUUUUCCAGUACUUCUAAAAAUACACAAAACAGACAACAGGAAUGAAUCAACUGCAAGUGGAGAAAGAGUCUCUGAAAAGUCAGAAUGUAAUAAGUACCAGAAAAAUAAAAAUGGAGAGAAAACAUUUACAUGCUUACAGUGUGGAAAAAGCUUUGCGCAGAAGGGUAGCCUAAGUUCCCAUCAAAGAACUCAUAUAGAAGAGAAACCAUACAAAUGCCUGGUAUGUGGAAAAAGUUUUAAUGGGAGUGGAAGCUUUAUUACCCAUCGAAGAAUUCACACAGGGGAGAAGCCAUAUACAUGCCUGGAAUGUGGAAAAACUUUUGGAAGAAAAGAUAUUCUAACUUCCCAUCAAAGAACUCACACAGGGGAAAAACCAUAUAAAUGCCUGGAUUGUGAAAAAAGCUUCAGUCAGGCUGGAAACCUUGCUGCCCAUCAAAGAAUUCACACCAGGGAGAAACCAUAUAAAUGCCUGCAGUGUGGGAAAAGCUUCAGCCGGCGUGGAAAUUUGAAUUCCCAUCUAAGAAUUCACACAGGGGUAAGAAAAUAUAAAUGUCUAGAAUGUGGAAAAAGUUUUAAUGAGAGUGGAAACUUUAUUGCCCAUCGAAGAAUUCACACAGGGGAGAAGCCAUAUAAAUGCUUGGAGUGUGGAAAAAAUUUUGGGCGGAAAGAUAUUCUAACUUCCCAUCAAAGAAUUCACACAGGGGAGAAACCGUAUAAAUGCCUGGAUUGUGGAAAAAGCUUCAGUGAUGCUGGAAACCUUGGUUCCCAUCAAAGAAUUCACAAAGGAGGGGAAAGUUGUAAAUGCCUUGUGUGUGGAAAAAGCUUUGGUCACAGUGCAAGACUUGCUUUCCAUGAAAAAACUCACACAGCAAAGAAAACAUACACAUGCCAGGAAUGUGGAAAGAACUUCAGAGCGAGCAAAAACCUUGAUGCACAUAAAAAAAUUCACACAGGGGAGAAAAAUAAAUAAAUUCCAGGAGUGUGGAAAGACAUUGUAUCAAAGCAAAUGAUUAAAAAAAUUAAGAUGUCAAUGCAAUGAAAUAGUAUACAUGCAUACAUAAUGCAGUAAAAAGUUGUAAAAAACUUCAGAGAUUAAAACUACCACCCUGUUCCCUUAUUUUAAAAAUGCUGUUUUGAUCAGUUACAUUUUUCACUUUCUGUGGAAUUAUUAAAUGGAGGGAGGAAAUUCCGCCAAAUAGGAACCAUAAGAGAGUAGACUUCUGAAUAUGCAGCUGUUGAUCUCACCUAUUGGCUUUGCUCAGAUGAGUAAAGCUGUCUGUGCAGAACACAUCAAGGGAAGCGGUCCGGUUGAUAUGGAGUCCCUAUGCCCUGAAAGACUUUAUAGGAGUCAAUAAUCCCUUAAAUUUAACCUAAAAAGUAAUUGGUAGCUAGUGGAGUGAAAUGCCGCUGUGGAUGUGAUAUGCUGACUGUUCCUCACUCCCAAGAGUGAUUGUGUUGUGGCAUUCUGUACCAACUGGAUUUUGUGAAUUCUGAGGUAGAACCACACUGAACACGUUAACAGUAUUCUAGCAGUGUAGUUACUUCAUAUGAAUUCCCAUCACCAAAUUACGAGGUCAAGGUAAGAAGUUGUCCUCCACAUCUAAAAGGUUGAAUUACUGAUUGACUAAGUCUGUGUGAUCCAGGAAUGACCAGCCUUGGUCAGUUCCUAGAGCAGCAGUGUUCCCGCCUUCCGGCUGCAGGAUGGGUUUCUUUCUCUCUCCCCUCCCAAGUAGACCUUUGGUAGGCAGUCCGUGGUGCCUGUCACCCAGAGCCAGCUCAAAAACACAGAUACCUAGGAGAGAGAGAAGUGGGAAGGGUGCUCAGCUCCAGACAGUCACAUGAACACAUGAAGCUGCUUUAUACUGAAUGAGACCUUUGGUGCAUCAGAGUCAAUAUUAUUUACUCAGACUCACAGCAGCUUUCAGGCAGAGGGCUUUCUCAUCACUUACUACCUGAUCUUAUUGACUGAGAUGCCAGGGAAUGAAUGUGGAACCUUCUGCAUGCUAAGGAAAUGCUCUACUACCAAACCACGGUCCCCUUCCUAAACAUAUUUCCCUUUUACUAAGUUAAGACACUUGAGCCUACCUCAUUCUUUCAACUGGAGAUGCCAGGGACUGAACCUUUGACCUGCCAGCCAAGCAGAUGCUCUGCUUCUGAGCCAACAGGUUCCUUCCCCUCAAUAGCCAGUCAUCCUGCAGUCUUAUAAUACAAUCGUCUUUGAAACAGCAGGCAUGUGGUGGAGCUGCAUCAAAAAUAUGGGUUUAUCAGCUGGGCCUGGUUUUCCCUAAUAAACUUGUUCCUUGUAAAA